AUGGCGUCUUCUUCAUCGAACGUAGUGGGUGUCCACUACCGCGUGGGCAAGAAGAUCGGAGAGGGUUCUUUUGGUGUUAUUUUCGAGGGUACCAACCUUCUCAACAACCAGCAGGUGGCUAUCAAAUUCGAACCCCGAAAGAGUGACGCUCCUCAGCUGCGUGAUGAGUACCGAACCUACAAGAUCUUGGUCGGAUGCCCUGGUAUUCCCAACGUCUACUAUUUCGGCCAGGAGGGUCUGCACAACAUUCUUGUGAUUGAUCUUCUCGGUCCUAGUUUGGAGGAUCUUUUCGAUCACUGCAAUCGCCGAUUCUCUACCAAGACGGUGGUGAUGGUUGCCAAGCAAAUGCUCUCUCGAGUGCAAACAAUCCACGAGAAGAACUUGAUUUACCGCGAUAUCAAGCCCGACAACUUCCUCAUUGGCCGACCCUCUACCAAGGCUGCCAAUGUCAUCCACGUCGUUGACUUCGGUAUGGCCAAGCAAUACCGCGAUCCCAAGACAAAGCAACACAUUCCAUACCGCGAGCGAAAGUCUCUGUCCGGUACUGCUCGGUACAUGUCUAUCAACACACAUUUAGGCCGUGAGCAGUCCCGACGUGAUGAUUUGGAGGCAUUGGGUCACGUCUUUAUGUACUUCUUGCGAGGUGGUCUCCCCUGGCAAGGAUUGAAGGCUGCCACCAACAAGCAAAAAUACGAGAAGAUUGGUGAGAAGAAACAGACAACUGCGAUCAAGGAUCUGUGUGAUGGCUACCCAGAAGAGUUUAACAAGUACUUGAGCUACGUGCGCAACCUUGGAUUCGAGGACACCCCUGACUAUGACUAUCUUCGUGAUCUGUUGACCCAGGCCCUGAAGAAUGCUGGUGAAGUGGAAGAUGGCGAGUACGACUGGAUGAAGCUUAACAAUGGCCGAGGAUGGGAUUAUAAGUCUUAUUCGACACAGCCUCACCUCCACAACCAGCACCAGGGUUCCUCAGGCCGUGACCUUCACGCCAGUCAGAUGCGCAGCCACCAACGGCCCGGAGUCACAGCGGAUCGUUUAAACGCCGCGCAGCCUCCCCCUCCUUCUCCAGCGAAGCCUGGAGUCGGGAAGGCACGCGGCGAGCGCCAAAGCGGCGGAGGCGGCAUGCCACCCCAGAAACGCCAAAGCGCAGGUCUUGAUGCCGGCACUCCCGCUGGAUCGACCACCGCCCAGUUCCAGAACUCUAAUGCCCAUCUCCCUGGCCGCAUGGGAAGCCCUGGUACUCCUGGCUUGGGUAACCAGCAAGCUGGUGUGCAAGGAAACAAUGACCCGCAGCCUACUUUUGUCCAGAAAGUCAUGAAGGCUUUGUGCUGCGGUAGGUGA